AUGAACUACAGGACCUACAUUCAAAAAGGUGCGAUUCUCCACAAUCGAUUCCAAGUGGAAACGCAUGCAGGAGCCUUUAACGGCGAACGAUGUUUGUACGCGAUAGAUUUGCAAGAAAACCAGCAAGUCACUCUGAAAGCGUUUCUUCCGGAAGACCCACGUAUUCACGCCCAUAUUGAGUUCUUCCAGGAGUGCGGCGGGAUGCAAGGGAUCCCACAGUUCAUUGAUCACUUUUCUACGCUUGGAAGUGAAUUCAUUGCGCAUUCUCACAAAGGAGUUCGACUUCGUAGCAUUCUGAACUCUCGACUCUUCCAUAUUUCCAUGGAAAAUACUAUUCGCCUUGGGUACCGCCUGUUCAGAAUCUUGCACUCGGUCCAUCUCAAAGGCUUCCUCCAUCGCGAUAUUAGACCAUUGACGAUAACGUGUGAUGUGGAUCAGAAUGAGGAGCUCGGUGUCAACCUGUCUUACUUCGGCCACGCAGCACGCAUUGAUACCCCACCAGCAAAUAAUCCAGUGAUCCUUGGACCAUAUCAAAGUCUACAUGUGUCACGUGGAGGUGCAUACAGUAGAAUCGACGACUACAUAUCCAUUAUUAUUGUGAUGCUUACUUGCCAAGGAGUCAAUCCCUUCGAUUUUAACACCAACAGCCACUUGAACCACAUUCAGAAGAAGGAGAAUUUUCACGCAGAUCCCUAUUCCUUUCUGACACCGGAGACUGCCUGGCUGGGAGAUCUAUACCUGCAACUGGUGGAGAUGCGUGCUGACAGGUUCAGUCACUUGCAAAUCAUGGCCGCACUUCGUCGUGCUGUUCCUGGAAUUGAUCCUCAAACGGUAAUCACCUAUCACAAUGAUCCUGCAAAUGGAUAUCUCCUUAUCGAUUAA